AUUUUCUUCUCCAUCUCUCUUAUCUUUUUUCACAAUCCCUCUCUCACAUAUUCUCACAGUUUCUUCGCUGGUAAGAACGGACGAACGAGCCACGCCCACAGCCUUCAACCAGAAUCCGUCGCAGGACCCGACUCGCAGCCCUAAUUACUUUUCGCUCUCAUUUUUUUCGAUAUUUCAAUAAAUACCAAUCGCCAUGGACUCGCAAUCUGGUUCAUGAAGCUUUGUGGAAUAGCUCUGGAUUCAUAUUCGAUCCGACGGCAAGUUAGUAAUUAGGGUUUUCAAUUGAAGCAUUGUUUUGAGGGGUGGAAUUUUGAAUUCCGAUUUCUAGGGUUUUUUUUUUGUUCGGUUUCAACACGGGGAAGAUAGGUGUGGGUUAAGAGGAUAAUGUGUAUACUCUGUGUGAUCCAGAAGUGGUCUCGCCGGGUUGCUACCAUGCUACCUUGGUUAGUUAUUCCUCUUAUAGGAUUGUGGGCUCUCUCACAGCUUCUGCCACCUGCUUUUCGAUUUGAGAUCACCUCACCCAGGCUCGCUUGUGUUUUUGUGCUUUUGGUCACUCUUUUUUGGUAUGAAAUUUUGAUGCCUCAGCUCUCUGCUUGGCGUGUGCGUAGAAAUGCACGAUUGAGGGAGAGAAAAAGGUCUGAAGCUAUUGAAUUGCAGAAGCUUCGAAAGACUGCUACAAGGAGGUGCAGAAACUGCUUGACACCGUAUAGGGAUCAGAAUCCUGGGGGUGGUAGAUUUAUGUGUUCUUAUUGUGGCCAUAUUUCCAAGAGGCCAGUUUUAGACUUGCCUGUACCUCCUGGAUUGGGAAUGUCUAAUUCUGGGAUUAUCAAGGAUCUGGUUGGCAAGGGUGGAAAGAUACUGAAUGGCAAGGCAUGGUCUGACAAUGGAUGGAUAUGCAGUCAGGAUUGGUUAGAAAAUGGCAAUUGGGUUGCUGGGUCUAUUGCCGGGAAAUCUAAUUAUUGGCGGAAGAAUGGGAGUGGGUAUUUCGGAGGUGAUGAGAAUUGUUUGGCUGAGAAAUCUUAUUCAGGUGUUGUAGUGUUUGCAUGCCAGCUCUUGACUUCUUUUUUCUUGAGCAUUAGGUGGAUUUGGAGAAAGAUUUUUAGAAUUAGUUCAUCGAAGGAGGAUUCUUCUUCUGAUGCAGAUCAUAGGGGCAUGUUGACUAAAAGGGGUGAAAAUGGGUCAAACUAUCAUGAGAGUAAAGGAGAAAAAGCACGCAGAAAAGCUGAAGAAAGAAGACAGGCUAGGUUAGAGAAGGAGCUUUUGGAGGAGGAAGAAAGAAAGCAAAGGGAGGAGGUUGCAAGAUUGGUAGAGGAACGGAGGAGGCUUAGGGAUGAGAAAAUGGAGGCUGAAAAAGAUCGAACCAAAUCUUCACAGCCUACCAGGGAUAAAGAUAGUAAGAAGGAAGCAGAGAAGAGGCGUCAGGAAAGAAGGAGAGAAAAAGACAAGGGAUCGAGUAAGAGUAAUUCUGAUACUGAAGAGUUGGAAAAGAAAGCAGGUAAGGAAAGUGAACGGAAGCGGGACUACGAGAAGAAGAAUGAAAUUGACCGUCAUGAACACCAAAAAUCCGGGACAGACAAUGUGAAAGGCCAGAGUACUGAAUCAGGACAUGGGUUAAAGCAUUCAUUUGCAAGCAAUUAUAGCCGAGGAAAUGCCGGAACUAGGUAUCUGGAUCGAAUGAGGGGUACAUUUUUGUCUUCUUCUAGAGCUUUUACAGGAAGUGGUUUCUUUGGAAAGACUGCUAAUACUCCUGCGAAUGUUACAAAAGAAAAUAAGUUAAACAGUUCUGUAGAUCAUAGCCAUACUUCUGCCCAUAGGAGGGAUAUCCGUCCACCUGAGCGUGUAGCUGGGAAUUUAAGUAUGAAUGGAGAUGAUAAGAAUGUAAACCGUCCUGUGCUCUCGGAUACACCGGCAAGGACAACACCUAAAAAAUCAUGGCAACAAUUAUUUACACGCACAUCAUCGAUGACUUCAUCCUCUAACUCAAAUGUCAUUAGUAGGCCUAAUUUGAAGCCCCAAGCAGAAAUUCAAAGCCCACAGUUACAUGGGCAAUCAUCAUCAUUACAACCUUUUGAUAAUCCAAUCAAUUUUGGGCUGCCAUCGCCAUUUACUCUCUCAACAUAUCCAAAUGUAUCCAGUAGCACUAGUUUAGGCUUCUCAUCUCCCAUUGAACCCAUUUUUCCUCGUGUUGUUGAAGGGCCCCAUGACUUUAUGCCUAAGGAACCUGAGCUUUUUGAAGAUCCAUGUUAUGUUUCUGAUCCAAUAUCAUUACUUGGGCCUGUGUCAGAAUCACUUGAUAAUUUUCAGUUGGAUGUGGGGACUGGUUUUGCAUCAGACAUAGGAUUGGAAAGGCCUCAUGCAUUGAAGAACACAUCUGCAUCUCCUGAAGCGAACAAGCCAUCUCCAAUUGAGUCUCCAUUGUCACGACUGCGAAUUGCUGAUGAAAAGCAUAAUGGUUCUAACUGGUUUUCAAAUACUCCUAAGGCUCAAGAUUCACACACUCUGCCUGUGGAUGAUGUGCAUGUGAAUGAGAAGGGAACAUGGCAAAUGUGGAACAGUUCUCCUCUUGUUCAGGAUGGUUUAGGUUUGGUAGGUGGUCCAGGAAGCUGGCUGUUACCUCCAGAUCGAUGCAGAUCAAACCAGGAAGAUGUCUUGCCGUCUUCAUCUCAGAAAACUAUGGCUUCUCUUUUUUCAAAAGAUGACCAAGUCCUUUCUGGUACUCAUUCUCCACAGAAGGUUUUUCUUCGCAAUGGCCAGAAUGGUGGGGCAUUUAGUCCAGUCACUUGUUCAAGCGAUAAUGAUCCAUGGUUACAGAAUGCUUUUUUCCCUCCAUUAGAGGGUGAUAGUCAUUUCUCUCUGAAACCUCUGGAGGAGAAUGCUCGGAAUGAAAUAAUUUACUGGAGUCCUACAGACACUGCAACCAACCAUUCUUUUAAGCUUUCUCCAGCUAAUUGUUGGUCCAAGAAGGAUUGGACUGUGCAAAGUUCAGGAGAAGGUGUUGGGAAGCAACCUGUCACUAGGCCCAAUAUUGGGGGUUUAUUCCCAAGCCCAGAUGUACAGUCGCUUUGGUCAUUUGAUUAAAAAAAAAAAUGAUAACAUUAUGAGGGACUUAAGUACACCUCCUGUCCAGAAGAGGCAAACUUCCUCUUUUGUAGGAGAGCUUAGAAAACUGGACGGGAUUGUAUCCUCCUCUUCUUUAUAAGGGAGAUUGAUUUUACUAA